AUUGCAGUGUGGAAGAAUCAUCACAUGCGGACAGUUACCAACUAUUUCAUAGUGAAUCUUUCUCUGGCUGACAUUCUGGUCACAAUUACUUGUCUUCCAGCAACUUUAGUAGUGGACAUCACAGAAACUUGGUUCUUUGGGCAGCCCCUCUGCAAAGUGAUUCCCUACUUACAGACAGUUUCAGUCUCUGUGUCUGUACUAACACUUAGCUGCAUUGCUUUGGAUCGAUGGUAUGCAAUUUGUCACCCUUUGAUGUUUAAAAGCACAGCCAAGCGAGCAAGGAACAGCAUUAUAAUUAUCUGGAUUGUGUCCUGCAUCAUAAUGAUUCCUCAGGCUAUUGUUAUGGAGUGCAGCAGUGUGUUCCCAGGAUUAGCCAAUAAAACCACCUUGUUCACAGUGUGUGAUGAGCACUGGGGAGCUGAGGUUUACCCCAAAAUGUAUCACACCUGCUUUUUUCUGGUGACAUACAUGGCACCACUGUGUCUUAUGGUGUUGGCCUAUUUGCAAAUAUUUCGAAAGCUGUGGUGUCGCCAGAUCCCAGGAACUUCUUCUGUUGUUCAGAAAAAAUGGAAGCCUCCACAGUCCUCAGCACAGCCCCGAGGGCUGGGACAAUCAACAAAGUCAAAGAUUAGUGCUGUGGCAGCUGAAAUAAAACAGAUUCGUGCAAGAAGGAAAACAGCACGUAUGCUAAUGGUCGUCCUCCUGGUUUUUGCACUUUGCUAUCUACCAAUUAGCAUUCUCAAUGUCUUGAAAAGGGUUUUUGGGAUGUUUAAUCAUGCUGAUGACAGAGAAACUGUAUACGCCUGGUUCACAUUCUCACACUGGCUUGUAUAUGCAAACAGUGCAGCCAAUCCUAUUAUUUAUAACUUCCUCAGUGGGAAAUUUCGAGAAGAAUUUAAAGCAGCGUUUUCUUGUUGCAUCUUUGGCAUUCGCAGUCACCAUGAUGAACGACUCACCAGAGGUCGUGCCAGUACAGAGAGUCGGAAAUCCUUGACCACCCAAAUCAGCAAUUUUGAUAACGUUUCAAAACUUUCAGAACACGUUGUAUUGACCAACAUAAACACACUUCCGGCAAAUGGUAUCCCAGCUAUACUCAACCCAUUAAAAUCAGUGGAGCUGCAUCUCCACAUACCAGGGAUGAACAUGACUUCAAAUUUAGAUGAAGCUGUGAGGGUUUCUGCAGAAAACACUGGCAACACAGAGAAUGCAGAGUGGGACAAAUUCAUCCCUAGCAUAACUAAACUUACCUCGAUGGAGUUACAGCAAGGAUGACUUUGGCUCGAUAUGUGUAAUACCACCAGAGAAAGGCACAUGCUUUUAGCUGUGUUACAGACUACAACACAUGGACAAAGGGAUUCCUUUGAAACGACUGCCUCUCCUUUCUUCUCAGUCUUACAGAAACCUCCUUACCUCAGUAUGAGCUAAAGAACGUGUCUUUACAAGUCUUUUUAAAGAUUGGAUUGUAACAUACUUUGUAAAUACUGUAGAUAUUUAUUUUUAUAUAUUUUAGAUGCUGUGGAAUGUUCUAAAAUGUAUAAUAUAAAGAACUCUAAGUAUUUG